AGACUCAUUCACUGGUGUACGCGUCCAGGCUACAAAUGAAACGUGGAGCUUCGUGGGUCCGGUGGUUGGCGGUGACCUGGCGGUGAGCUGGCGGUGUGACGGCCGACGAUGGAAGGGAAUCCCCGGGAAGAGCAGAGGAAACCAGUGCGCGUCAUCGCAGCGGUGAGCCGAGACGGAGGCAUCGGCAGAGAUGGCAAACUCCCCUGGAAUCUCCCGUCUGAAUUCCAGUAUUUUCUGCACACCGUGACUCAGGUGUCAAGAGCAGGAAAGAUCAACAUGAUGGUAUGGGGCAAACUGUGCUGGUACAGCAACCCCCCAACUAUGUUCCCCAUGCCAAACGUCCUCCACGUGGUGCUCAGUCAAACACUCACGACAGUUCCAGACCACGCCCACUUCCUGUGUCGGGACCUGGAGAGCGCCAUCCUUCUGGCUGCACAGUACCCACUAGCAGACUUGGUGGAGACCAUCUGGAUCGCUGGAGGCACACGAGUGUACAAGGAUGCUCUGCAGCAUCGCUGGUGUGAUUUGGUUUACCUGACAGACGUCAAGGCCAGCUUUGACUGUGACGUCUUCUUCCCCGACUUGGAUGAAGAAGUGUUCAAAAGGCAGGAGAGAUUUGCUGGCCUGCCAACAGGAAUUCAGGAGGAGAACGGCAUCAAGUAUGAAUUCCAAGUAUUCAAGAAAGACCAAGCACUUGAAGAAAUGAAGACGAGGCCUUAAGUCAUUUGUUGUAUUUGCUGGAUCAUCCAAUGGAAUUUCAUAUGUUUUAACUAAAAUAUGUCAUAGGUUUUUGGAGCUUUAGAAAAGAAGUAGCGUGCGAUUUGCACUAGAGGGCGCCACACCCACAUACAGGACCUAGGGCCAACUUACUGCUGGGCAGACCAUACACUAAAACCACCAAUUCUCUAAGCAUCGGACAAAUAUAUAUAUAGUAUAUAUAUAAUAUAUCUUCUUUAGUGUAGCCAAUAUGUUUGAUUGGUUUGUGGUUGUCAUUGCAAUACAAAUAAACUAACAGAAGAAAAGUG